UUCUACUAUAUAAAUUUUGCUUCCUAGGCUCCUCAAUUCUCAACUCUAAACUCACUCACUCUCUCUCUCUCUCUCUCUCUCACAUGGAAACCUCAGCUGCUAAAUUUAUUUUUGUAUUUGUUUAUGCCCUCAUCAUCACACUCAGCACCCUGCAAGAAACAAAUGGAGUUUUAAAUGGAGAGACUCAAAAAAUGAUAAGUGAGGCUAACAAGAAUGGCCCUUAUCUAGGGUUGGUUAUUCCAAACCUAUUUGAGAUGAACCCUCUUCUUCAAUCUCCAAGCUUCACAUCUUCCAACCUUACCAUAGAUUUUCAAGGAAGGAGAUUUCGAUUCGGAAAAAUUGAUGAAAAGGAUGUCAUAUUGGUCAUGACUGGACUUGGCAUGAUAAAUGCAGGGAUAACAACACAGCUAUUGGUGAGUUUAUUUGAAGUGGAAGGAAUAGUGCAUUAUGGAAUAGCAGGGAAUGCAAACCCAAGUCUGAAUAUAGGGGAUGUUACCAUUCCUCAGUAUUGGUCCCAUACUGCUCUUUGGAAUUGGCAGAGGUAUGGAGAUGGGCCUGAAGAUGAACUAUCACUGGAAGAGAAUGGAGACUACACAAGAGAAAUUGGAUACAUAAAGUAUGCAAAUUAUGCAACAAAUGUAACAGAAUGCAACUUACAUGACAACUUCCUCAACAAUGUUUGGUACCAACCAGAGGAAGUUUUCCCCAUUGAUGGAACUCCUGAGGAAAGGCAACAUGCCUUUUGGGUCCCAGUUGAUUCCCAUUACUUUGAAUUAUCCAAAAACCUUGAGAGUUUGGAACUAGAGGGCUGCAUAAACUCAACAACAUGUUUGUCUGAGACACCAAAGGUGACAAGAGUCCUAAGAGGAACUAGUGCAAGCAUAUACCUAGACAAUGCAGCUUAUAGAAACUUCAUAUAUGGAAAAUUCAAUGUGAGCCCAGUUGACAUGGAGAGUGCAGCUGUGGCACUCAUUUGCCUUCAACAAAGAAUACCUUUCAUCACCAUCAGGGCUCUCUCCGACUUGGCCGGUGGCGGUUCUGCCCAGUCCAAUGAGGCUGCUACUUUCAUUUCUCUUGCUGCUAACAACUCUGUCACAGUUGUUGUGGAAUUCAUCAAGAAUUUAUUGUCAGCCAAUUACAUAAUUUCAAGUGCUUAGAUGAUCAAUCAGAGAGUUUGAUUCUAAGUAGAUUGUCUUGCUGCUAUUAUGCUUAAUAAGAGGCAUAGUAUGGGACUCACUCAUGCAUUACUACUGUUUUGUGUGUGUGUAUGUGUGUGUGUGUGUGUGUGUUUGUGUUGAAUGUUGUAUUUUCAUAACUUGUUCACUUAACUAGUGGUGGAUGAACAAUAAUUGGCUAUGUAUAACUUCGUUGAUUUUGGGCUAAGGCCAUUUUAGGUUUUGUGU